AAUUCUCAACCUCCUGAUUCUCAAUCUCCUCCCUCAUUCCGUCUAUCUCUCUGUUAUCCACAACAAUCCCAACAGAUUGAGUACAAGAAGAACUCCAAGGAGAACCAGUCCCAGUUCAGCAUGUCGAUGGGCGUGCUCAACCUGAGCCAUGCUAAAAAAGCCCAGGCCCUUGCCAGCGACCUGGACUACAGGACGAAGCUCCACCACUACACCAUCCUAUCCGACGACAUCCAAGUACAGCAGGCCAAAAAGGCGUAUAACCUGCAGAGCGAGGUGAGGCAGAGAUUGGUGGGCCAUGGGGUGGGCCACUGGUGUUGGUGGAGAGGUCUAUGUGUGUUUUAUAGACUAAAAUGAACAGCUUAUCCUCUCAUGCAGAUAAUAGAAUUUGAGUGCCAAUAUUUAAAGUGGUAAUAAUCAGACAGUUUUGGUCUUAUAAUUGAACAGUCAUAAGGUAUGUUUGAAUUGACUUGAGAUCUUCAGGGUUGAGGUAAGGUGAGAGGGUCGAGAGAGCAAGGGGAAGGUGAAUACGGAUUUAGGAAAAUAUCUAUAUGGGUGUUAUUCAAGUUAGUGUUUACUAUCAAAUAUGAAUGAAUUGUGAAUUGUCUCUUUUUCGGUCUCUCUCGCUCUCUCCUCUCUCUCUCUCUCACUCACUCACUCACUCACUCACUCACUCUCUCACUCACUGUCUCUCACUCUCAGAAUCAAUACCGUUCAGAUCUGAACUGGAUGAAGGGAGUUGGCUGGGAGGCUGAUGGAUGUCUGAAUGUGACCCAAGCCAAGAAGGCUGGAGAGCUUCUCAGUGAUGUCAGUAUAAUAGGGUAGAGAAUGUGUAUAUUAUUAUAUUUAUUAUUUUGUUUCUUUAGUGUUGACUCCUCAUUUUAUUUCCUCUCACAGAAGAAGUACCGUCAGAAUGUGGAGAACGUCAAGUUCACCCAGGUGGCAGAUACUCCCUCUAUCAAACACGCCAAGAAGAGCCAGGAGCUGCAGAGCAAGGUGAGGCUGGCUGUUCAUUUGCUAUAACCCUGUCCUGCUCAUUUCUCAUUGGCUGUAUUCAGUCAGCUGGUGUUUGAUUGGCUGUUUCUCCCUUCAGCUAACGUAUAAGGCGGGCAACGAGCAGAUGAUGCACCAGUACACCAUGGAUAAAGAUGAGCCACUCUUCAGGCAGGCCAAAGCCAAUGCAGACCUCCUCAGUGGGGUAAGGACUCUGGCAGACAGGCAGACAGUACAAGCUCUGAUUGACCAGAGCUGUGUUCGAAUACCCAUACUAACAUAGUGUAUACUACAUAUUUAAUGAGUAUAUACUACAUACUAUAAGUUAAUUUUAGUAUACUGAAAACAAACGGUAUCCUUUCAGUUGAGCGUACUAGUGCUUCCCCUGUCUACCUGAAGUUGAUGCUGUUGCUACGCAACCUCUUGCUAGCUUGUUAGCAUAACAAAAGACUAGCUAGACAUUUUACGAUUUCGGUUGUGUUCGUAAAUUCAAUCUGUAGUGCCAGAGUGCGCUCAGAGUGCGCUCUGGGCGUUCGUAAAUCAAGAGCGUUGUCAGAUUGUCCAUUCGUAAAUUCAGAGCGUUUCGCUCUUGGAGCGCGUAACUGGACGCUCUGGCCAAGGAGAAGGGUUGAUCCGAGCGUUCUGACCUCACAACGGAGUCAAGCACCCAAGCUAACUGGCUAACGUUGGCUAGCUUGCUAGCUAUUUCCAGACACAAAUGAGAGAACACCUCACUCUGACCAUUUUACUUGCCCUAGCAGAGCUGGUUAGGCUGUUUAUGUUAUCCAGAGUGUUGGUGACUGUAACUGUGCUUCUGGCAGCAAUUUUUUAAUAUUUGUUUUUGCAGAUGUUUACUGACACUGGCCAUAUAUUCAAAGGGUGUUGAGCGAUCGUAAAUUCAUCAGUUAGUCUGCGCUCUGGCAUACUCAGACGAGAGUGCUCUGAAAUCGGAAUAGCCAGAAUUAACUAUGUCCAUUGAGAAUGCACAACGACUAUACCACUUAGCUAAGAAUGACAUGAAUAAUCAAGUCAGUAAACGUUGGGUAGUUAGUUAGUUAGAUUAUAUUUAAUAUACUGCCUGGCAAGUUAAAUGUAUUAGUAGCCAACUAGCUAACAUACCGGUACAUACUGCUAUAAUGCUAUGCGGUUCGUAAGGAUAGUGUAGCUAACAAAUUGUCAGCCAACAUAACGUGUAACGUAACUUAUUUGAAAAGUCAUUACUUUAUUACAUUGCUCAACAUUUUCUUAACAUUUGUCAUGAUUAGUUAAAGCAAUGAAUUUGUAUCCGCUCUCGUCGGACUUCGGCUGCAUAUUUUCCUCCAUUUUCUUCAAAUCUGAAAACGUUGUGAAGUCACGCCCAUUUUCUGAAGAAUUGUAUUAUGGGCCCUAAAAGCACGGAAAUAGUGUCCACUGCUUGUAUACGUCGUAUUCAGGCGAAUUUAUUACGACAUCCGGGAUCUUUUGGCAUACUAACUAUAUCCAUACUAUGACCAAUAAGCAUACUACAUACUCAAUUUACGUCACAAAUAGUAUGGUUAGUGCGGUUAGUAUGAGUAUUAGAACACAGCUCAGGGCAAUUUACAAUUCAUGUCUGUCUGUUAACAUGUUUCAUCAUUUGCUCUUGUUCUCAUUUCAGAAAGUGUAUAAGAGGAGCUGGGAGCAACAGCGAGAGAAGGGCUUUGAGUUGCGCAUGGACUCCCUGUCCAUCCUCACAGCCAAGGCUAAAAGAGACCUGGCCAGUAACGUGAGUUACCCUCUUUAUGUAUUUAUGAACCUUUAUUUGACCAGGUACCAGGCAUAGCACUACGCUAAGUAUCUCUGUGACUCACUGAAAUGCAUUGAUACAAGAAGAGCAGCAACAUUAUCACAAAUGCUAAUUUUAAGUAGAUCCUUAUAAAGGAUGUGGUCGGUCAAAACACCAAUCAGAAAGGGUAUGGUAGGCAGGGAUUAGUCCCAGAAGUUAGUGUUAGGGGUGGGGCUAAAUGUCAUUUUAAAGGAUCUCUUCUAACGGCCACUAAUGAGAAAUCUCUGACUGGCCAGGUGAAAUACAAGGAGAAGUACGAGCAGGCUAAGGGGAAGAUGAUCGGGGUGAAGACGGUCACUGACGACUCUCAGAUGGCCCACUCGGCUCUGGCCACCCGGCUGCAGAGUGAUCGCCAUUACAGAAAGGAGUACGAGGACACUAAGACCAAGCAUAGUGCCUCUUUGGACAUGUUGACCCUGACCCACGCCAAGAAGGCCCAGGAUCUGGCAACCGAGACCAACUACAGGACCUUCCUGCACAAGUACACAACCCUGCCCGGCGACAUGAAGGUGGCCUGGGCCAAGAAGGCCUACGGACUACUGAGUGAUGUAAGUUUUACCUGCUGGAACCACAUUUCCCAGCAUUCUCAAUCAUGUAAGUCACAUGCUGUCACAGCCUAUCGGAGUAAUAGUAAAUAUAAAAUCAGAAAAACGCUCAUGCCAGCUUCCAAGUCGUAAAUACAAAUCCAUCAAAAGUCUGAUCCCUGACUUUCCCUAUAUGCUGAACGCUGACGUCACCUACUACCAUGGAAAUUACUUUGAUGACAGCAUUUUUGGGCAGUUAAAUACAACAAAACAUGUUUUAUUUUUUUUUACAAUCUAUUUAUGUUUUUUUAACACUAUAAUUUGAUUGCGAGCCGCGUGAUAGCUGUAUUUGUAGUUUAUGUUUGCUGUAGCUAGUUAGUCGUUAGUGUUCUCAACGAGUUCGAAGCAAGUGAACACUCCCAAGUUGUUGCUCCAAGUUGACAAUCGUUCCUCUGAUAACUCCGUUAUGAAUGCAGCAUCAGAACAACUAAAGCACCAGGAAAGUCUGCUGGCAUUUUUCUCCUUUACCCUAAAUACACAUAUCAUUAUAUCAUAGACAUUGAAGGUUAUUUGCAUAUGGAAAUGUUACAGAUGGAAUGCACCUUUUAAUGGAAUUGUAUUUCAUGUAUUAAUUAACUUAGCAUGUGUUUAACCAGGCAAGUCAGUUAAGAACAAAUUAGUAUUUAAAAUGACGAACUGGCAUGAGAGCUGUUCCUUUUUUGUGUAUUCAGAAACAGUACAGGUCGGAUCGGAACUGGAUGAAGGGUGUGGGCUGGGUGGCAGCAGAUUUCCUGUGUGUGAAACACGCAAAGAAGGCUGGAGAGCUCGUUAGCGAGGUAACAUUUAAAUCCUUAACCUAGAAAAGAAUGCUCAAUAUUAGGUCAAUGAGGUCUUCGUUCACUGCUGGAAAUACUAAGUUGCACCAAACUAAAACACUUGAUAUACAGGGGAAUAGAGAACGUACUGCAUGACUGUGUUAAGAAUCGCAUACUUCCAUACUUAAGUAGACUAUAUAUAUAUAUAUGACGUUCAGUAUAUAGAAUGCAAGGAAGUAUGCUCAUUUUAAUGGUGGAAAGACCUGGAUGCAGUUGUGAAAGUGCAGCAUGUAUCAUUGCAUAACAGCUACUACAGGGUGGUGGUACAGAUAUACACUACCGGUCAAAUGUUUUAGAACACCUACUCAUUCAAGAGUUUUUCUUUAUUUUUUACUAUUUUCAACAUUGUAGAAUCAUAGUGAAGACAUCAAAACUAUGAGAUAACACAUGGAAUCAAGUAGUACCCAAAAAAGUUUUUUAUAUUUCAGAUUCUUCAAAGCAGGCACUCUUUGCCUUGAUGACAGUUUUGCACACUCUUGGCAUUCUCUCAACCAGCUUCACCUGGAAUGCUUUUCCAACAGUCUUGAAGGAGUUCCCACAUAUGCUGAGCACUUGCUUUUCCUUCACUCUACGGUCCGACUCAUCCCAAACCAUCUCAAUUUGGUUGAGGUCAGGGGAUUGUGGAGGCCAGGUCAUCUGAUGCAGCACUCCAUCACCCUCCUUCUUGGUAAAUUAGCCCUUACACAGCCUGGAAGUGUGUUGGGUCAUUGUCCUGUUGAAAAACAAAUGAUAGUCCCACUAAGCCCAAAACAGAUGGGAUGGUGUAUCGCUGCAGAAUGCUGUGGUAGCCAUACUGGUUAAGUGUGCCUUGAAUUCUAAAUAAAUCACAGACAGUGUCACCAGCAAAGCACACCCACACCAUCACACCACCUCCUCCAUGCUUUACGGUUGGAAAUACACAUGCAGAGAUCAUCCGUUCACCCACACCGCAUCUCACAAAGACACGGCGGUUGGAACCAAAAAUCUCAAAUUUGGACUCCACCGGUCUAAUGUCCAUUGCUCGUGUUUCUUGGCCCAAGCAAGUCUCUUCUUAUUGGUGUCCUUUAGUAGUGGUUUCUUUGGAGCAAUUCGACCAUGAAGGCCUGAUUCACACAGUCUCCUCUGAACAGUUGAUGUUGAGAUGUGUCUGUUACUUGAACUCUGUGAAGCAUUUAUUUGGGCUGCAAUUUCUGAGGCUGGUAACUCUAAUGAACUUAUCCUCUGCAGCAGAGGUAACUCUGGGUGUUCCAUUCCUGUGGCGGUCCUCAUGAGAGCCAGUUUCAUCAUAGCGCUUGAUGGUUUUUGCGACUGCACUUGAAGAAACUUCUUGAAAUUUCCCGUAUUGACUGACCUUAAUGUCUUAAAGUAAUGAUGGACUGUUGUUUCUCUUUGUUUAUUUGAGCUGUUCUAGCCAUAAUAUGGACUUGGUAUUUUACCAAAUAGGGCUAUCUUUUGUAUACCCCCCUACCUUGUCACAACACAACUGAUUGUCUCAAACACAUUAAGAAGGAAAGAAAUUCCACAAAUUAACUUUUAAGAAGGCACACCUGUUAAUUGAAAUGCAUUCCAGGUGACUACCUCAUGAAGCUGGUUGAGAGAAUGCCAAGAGUGUGCAAACCUUGCAAAUAGCAUUACUGGGAGAUCUGAAAAGUCAUAGUCAAUCGAUCAAUAAUAUAAUAAUACUAGCAAAAAUGUUUAUUUUCAAUUCACAAUCUGUAGAAACAAUGAGAAUAGAAAGGUUCAGAGCUUUUGUAAAAAAUCACAGUACAGUUGAAAAAUAUAUGGCAAAUAGAAAUCCUAUAUGGAUGGAGUUGAAGGAUGGGACUAAUAACAACUAACAACAAAUAAUAACAAGAUAACUAAUAGUGUAGGCACGCUGUGUCCAUAAUAAGUGUAUGGCAUAUAGAAGCAAGCCGGAUGGACAUCAUCAUGAUGAUUGGAGAGGUUGAGAGUAGAAGAAGUUCAGGAGAAAAAACUAACAAAAUAUAAUUAUUGUAAAAUUGACUGUGUCCAUAAAAUGUAUAUAGUAAGUAUAAGCUGGAAGUAGAGGCCUAAGCAUUGUUGUUCACUAGUUUACUCCAAGUAGGGAAAGGGUGGUGGGGUUGGAAAGUAAUAAAGGGGAACAUAUAUAUUUUUUAAAGGAUGUGUAUGUGUAUGUAUGAAUAUGUGUAUAUGUGUAUGUGUGUGUAUAUAUAUAUAUAUAUAUAUAUAUAUAUAUAUAUAUAUAUAUAUAUAUAUAUAUAUAUAUAUUUAUUAUAAACAUGGGGGAUUGGAAGUGAUGCAGACAAUUACAUUGAUGGAAGUUACAAUCUAUCUGCAAUAUUAAGCUGAUCUACUCCCUUAAAAAAACAAAACAAAGCUGUCAUCAAGGCAAAGGGUGGCUAUUUGAAGAAUCUAUACUGAGACUGAUAAGGGGAUAUGUCCCAGGUGUGUGUGAAAAACAAGACAAAACAAAUGGAAUGAUGAAAAGAGGAGCGGCAGUGGCUAGACGGCCGGUGACGACAAACACCGAAGCCAGCCCGAACAAGGAGAUGAGGCAGCUUCGGAGGGAGUCGUGACACUAGCUCUUAUUUGCUUUAACGUCUUUUAUUUUAUUGUUUUACUGUAAAGUGUGUUUAGAUUUUAAAUGCAUUUUUAAUCAAGUUUGAUUUAAUUUAAUUUACUCUUCAUUUCACAUACUGUGCUUCAUCUGUGUUGUUUUCCAGAAAAAGUACCGUCAACAUGUCAGCGAUCUGAAGUUCACCAGCGUGGAGGACACUCCCGAGAUGGUCCAGGCCAAACUCAGCAACAAACUGGCCCUAGACGUAAGCCCACCAGUCAUCUAUACAUAGGGGCUAAAAAGCGACACUACUUAAACUCUGGGCGGUUGCUUUGGACCCGAUAACCCAUGUGCACUAACUCCGUCUAUUACGGUCAAAAAUUUAAAUAAAUGACAUACCAUUCAAAAGCUACAGCGAUUUCCUUUUUGGAUUCGAACUCAAAUCUUACUGCUGGCAACGCCAUAAGCAUGCAUCCCCACCCCCCCCUCCCCCCACAGGCUAUUUAUCAUGCAUUAUGAAUAUGAUCAAUGAGGUCAAGUGCUGCAAAAAUGCAAAACAUUUGUAUCUAUGGAAAGGGUACACCCUGGUGGUCAUCUUAAGGCAAUGCAUUUCUUUAUCCAUUGAGAUGACAUCACUUACCUUGUAAAUAGUUGGAAUUUUCCUCGCCUGUCUGUGUUAGUUAUUAUUUAAACAAACUCAAUAACUCACAAGCCCUGAUCACUAGGGCCGUUUUAAAAUGUCACCCGUCAAAAUCCAUUACGACAAUUGUCCACCUGUGUGUGUAUUACCCAACUAGAAUAAUCUGGUUAUUCAUACCCCUUGACUUUUUCCAUAUUUUGUUGUGUUACAGCCUGAAUUUAAAAUUGAUUACAUUUAGAUUUUGUUUGUCACUGGCCUACACACAAUACCCCAUAAUGUCAAAGUGGAAUCAUGUUUUUUUUAUUUUUAUGUCAUAUCAACAGGGGAUAUAUCUUUCAUAUUGAGGUGAUGCCUUGCACAUACAAUACAAUUUAUAGGAGCCUACAUGUUGAAGCCAUCUAGAACUAUUUGUACUGCAAACACAGCAAACAUAUUUAGCAAAACAGGAUGCAUACUACUGUUGCUAUUAUUAGUUACUGUAUCCUAUUUAAUAAACAGUAUCCAUCCACAGUGGACUAGGACAAGAAUAUUCUGUGCCCUCCAGCCGAAUUGGGAGUUGAUGAUAACUCAACGACCGUCAAUAGCAUACACAACUUGAGACAACCGCAUGCAGAAUUAAGCCAUGGAAAAACGUUGAUUGGCCAGUGAGUGGUCAAGCCCUCAUCACACCUACAACUUAUUUAUUUAUCAAAACCAUCUUGCGCUACCUGCUGUGAAAAUAGCAACAACAAAGAAAUAUAGCCCUGAACAUGUCAUUUCUCUCAGACCAGAAAAGGUAUAAUUCAUUGUAGGACUGUAGAAUGGUUUUGUGAUCGCAACGAGGUUGACCUGAUGUGAUCCUCUUGCUUUUCAGAGGCUGUACAGGGAAAAGGGGGAACAUGUGAAGCACAACUACACACUCUCCGGAGAUCUGCCUGAACACGUGCAGGCCAAGCUCAAUGCCAUGAACAUCAGUGAGGUCAGGGCUCUAAUAGAGUGCUGCCUAUUCAUCCAUCCAUUGAUCCAUUCAUUUACCCAUUCAUCUCUCACUUGGUUUCGCCGAGAAGUCAAGCAAAUGUGGAUUGUUUUGUUCUGAUUACUUAUCAUUGGCUCCAUUUGUGCCGGUAGUUUACAGACUGAAUUGUUUGUGUUGGCAGACCCGCUAUAAGGAGUCGUGGACUAAAAUCAGAGAUGGUGGCUACAAGCUCCGUUUGGAUGCCAUUCCCUUCCAGUCAGCCAAAGCAUCUGGGAACAUACUUAGUGGCGUGAGUCUUCUUUUACAUCAUAUAUAAUGGUAUUAUAUUGCAUAUAAAGAAAGACCAUGAAAAACAAUAUUUUCAUGAAUUAAACAUGCUGUAUGUAUUUUACAGUGCAUUCGGAAAAUAUUCAGACCCUUUCACUUUUUCCACAUUGUUACUUUACAGCCUUAUUCUAAAAUGGAUUAAAUAAAUGUUUUCCCUCAUCAAUCUACACACAAUACCCCAUAAUGGUAAAGCGAAAACAGGUUACUUAUUUACAUAAGUAUUCAGACCUUUUGCUAUGAGACUCGAAAUUGAGCUCUGGUGCAUCCUGUAGAAAGCUCUUGUGCAUCCUGUAGAAUUGUCUGUAGAGCUCCGAGACAGGAUUGUGUCGAGGCAUAGAUCUGGGGAAGGGUACCAAAAAACUUCUGCAGCAUUGAAGGUCCCCAAGAACACAAUGGCCUCCAUUAUUCUUAAAUCGAAGAAGUUUGGAACCACCAAGACUCUUCCUAGAGCUGGCCACCUGGCCAAACUGAGCAAUCGGGGGAGAAGGGCCUUGGUCAGGGAGAUGACCAAGAACCUGAUGGUAACUCUGACAGAGCUCCAGAGUUCCUCUGUGGAGAUGGGAGAACCUUCCAGCAGGACAGCCAUCUCUGCAGCACUCCACCAAGUCAGGCCUUUAUGGUAGAGUGGCCAGACGGAAGACACUCCUCAGUAAAAGGCACAUGACAGCCCGCUUGGAGUUUGCCAAAAGGCACCUAAAGGACUCUCAGACCAUGAGAAACAAGAUUAUCUGGUCUGAUGAAACCAAGAUUGAACUAUUUGGCCUGAAUGCCAAGCUUCAAGUCUGGUGGUGGCAGCAUCAUGCUGUGGGGAUAUUUUUCAGCGGCAGGCACUGGGAGACUAGUCAGGAUCGAGGGAAUAAUGAAUGGAGCAAAGUACAGAGAGAUCGUUGAUGAAAACCUGCUCCAGAGCGCUUAGGACCUCAGACUGGGGCGAAGGUUCACCUUCCAACAGGACAACGACCCUAAGCACACAGCCAAGACAACACAGGAGUGGCUUCGGGAAAAGUCUCUGAAUGUCCUUAAGUGGCCCAGCCAGAGCCCAAACUUGAAAUUCGAUCGAACAUCUCUGGAGAGACCUGAAAAUAGCUGUGCAUCCAACCUGACACAGCUUGAGAGGAUCUGCAGAGAAGAAUGGGAGAAACUCCCCAAAUACAGGUGUGUCAAGCUUGUAGCAUCAUACCCAAGAAGACUCGAGGCUGUAAUCGCUGCCAAAGAUGCUUCAACAAAGUACUGAGUAAAGGGUCUGAAUACUUUUGGGUAAAAUAAUACAUGCAUCAACAAGAUGUGCAUUUGAUUCCAGACUAUAUAAUUUAAAAGCAUUAUUUAAACACGUAUUUCCAAAGUGAUCCUCUCGGCGAAACAUCUGAACAUUCAGUACAUAACACAUACUGUACGUAUAUGGAACAUUUGUUAUAGCACAAGUACAAGGAGCAGUUUGAGAAGACCAAGGGGCAUAUGAUCGGACUGAAGGGACUGGAGGACGACAUGAACAUGUCUCACUCUGUGAAUGCCAGCAAACUGCAGAGUGACGUGAGUACCAGCUCAACAUGAGCAAUGGGUUUGUAUGAGAGUAAUAUGGGAGUAUAGGGUGUAGUAUGAAAGGGAGUGAUCGGAGUGUAGAUUAAUACACUUCACACCGUAAGGCAGUGUUUCUCAACCAAUUCCUGGUGGAAACCCCCAGGGGUGUGUUCUAGCCCAGCAACAAUCCAUCUGAUUAAACUUUUACCAAGCCCUUGAUUAAUUGAAUCAGGUGUGUUUGUGUUGGUCUAGAGACAAAAUGUGCACACCCUGAUGCUCAAUCACAAAUGGAUUGAAAAAGACUGCAAAACGUUAAAUGUUGAGUGUAUUGAAAUGGUGUAGUGCGAGUGCUGAAUGGGGACAUGCACUGUUAGAGUAUACAGUGUUAUCGAAUUGUAUUCUCUCUCCCUCUCUCUUUCUCUCUCUCAUUUUGCAGAUCAAGUAUAAGCAGGACUCUGUGAAUAAGCGCUCUCAGUACCACCUUUCUAUGGACAUGUUGGAGGUGGCCCAUGCUAAAAAAGCCCAGGCCCUGGCCAGUGAGCAGGACUACCGGCUUACACUCCACCAGUACACCAGUCUGCCUGAUGACAUGAAGGUGCAGGCCGCUAAGAGAGCCUACCAACUACAGAGCGAGGUAACAACAUCCCCUCACCAGGGGUGUAUUCACUAGGAACCAAAUGGCCGAAACUGGUAGGGACCUGAAUUUGUCCAAUAAGAAACUCUUGUUCUCAUUGAAAAACGUUAUGCUAUGGUUUUCUACAGUGUACUCCAAUGAAUACAACCCAGCUUACCAGUAACUUUCUCCCACUGUAGAUGCUAUUUGCGCAGUUAAUCAUAUUUUGAUAUAGAAUUAAAAUAUAAAAAACUUUUAUCAUGUCAGAACGUUUCUAGAACAAUAAGACAGUCAAAUAAAAGAUAUUCCCAACAGUUUUCAAAGAACAUUCAAAGCACAUUGAAAACUCUUUUGUGUACUGUGUUCGAUAGUUUGUUAGAUAGCAGUGCACUACCUUGAGUAUUAAACCGAUCAUUUUGUUUGUGUGUGCGUGUGUGCACGCUUGCGUGUGUGUGCAUGCAUGUGGCCCUUAGAAAGUGUACCGCUCUGACCUGAACUACCUGCGUGGUGUAGCCUGGAUCAGCACCGGGGCCAUCCAGAUGGAGGGCUCCAAGAGGGCCACAGACCUUAUCAGU